CAGAUUACACUUUCGACCAAGUGUCAUGACACACGUGACUGACUUUACUGCAACAUGUUUCUUCAAAAGAAAUUUGAAAAGAACACUGUCUUGCCCCUUGGCUUGUUUGAGAAGGAUGAUUGACUUUUACCUUUUACUGUAGCAGGCCUAGCCGCCGAGCGGUGAAGUAUUUACAUCAGUUAAUGUUGCUGCCGUACCGUGGACAGGAUGACGUCCAUUAUAAAGCUGUCAGUGAUAUCCGGAGCUCGCGACGAGUCUCCACCUUGCUACCUGUUGCAGGUUGAUGAUUUUACAUUCUUGCUGGACUGUGGCUGGGACGGACACACAACCGACGCCCUGUUGGAGCCGUUAAAAAAACAUAUCAAUCAGAUUGAUGCAGUGCUACUGACGUAUCCAGAUGUUUCUCACCUGGGUGCGUUACCAUACUUGGUUGGAAAACUGGGCCUCAAAUGUCCUGUGUAUGCCACUAUACCAGUCUACAAGAUGGGUCAGAUGUUCCUUUAUGACGCCUAUCAGGCGUUACGCUCAAGCAAGGACUUUGAUCUGUUUACAUUGGAUGACGUUGACACAGCGUUUGAAAGUAUGGUGCAGCUUAAGUAUUCCCAGCAUGUCGCCCUUGAUGGAAAAGGCCGUGGCCUGACAGUGAUUCCAUAUCCUGCUGGGCAUAUGAUUGGCGGUACAUUAUGGAAGAUCAUCAAGGAUGGAGAAGAUGACAUUUUGUAUGCAGUAGACUUCAACCAUAAAAAAGAAAGACAUUUGGAUGGAGCAGUUUUGGAAACACUUAGUCGUCCCAUGCUUCUGAUCACGGAUACGUACAAUGCAAUGAUGGUACAGGCAAGGCGGAAAGAAAGAGACCAGGCAUUGUUCAACAAUAUCUUGGCCACUCUCCGUGCUUCUGGCAACGUGCUGGUGACCGUGGACACGGCUGGCCGUGUUCUGGAACUUUGUCAGCUGCUGGAUCGGCUGUGGCGUAAUCAGGAGUCAGGCCUCAUUGCCUACUCACUGGCCCUGCUCAGCAAUGUCAGCUACAAUGUGGUGGAGUUUGCCAAGUCCCAGGUUGAAUGGAUGGGAGAUAAGAUUGUGCGGCAAGUGGAAGACCAGAGAACAAAUCCGUUCCAGUUCAAGCAUCUACACCUGUGUCACUCUCUUGCAGAGCUGGACAAAGUGCCUGAGCCCAAGUGUGUUCUGAGCACUCAGCCGGACAUGGAGAGCGGCUUCUCGCGUGAGCUGUUCCUGCGAUGGGCGGGUAAUGCGUCCAACAGUGUCAUCAUGACCCAGCGCACUGGCUCGGACACGUUGGCACAGCGCCUCAUUGACGAGCCAUCGCUGAGCCACCUCUCCCUGCCGGUUGGACAGCGUGUGAAGCUGGAGGGAGCAGAACUUGAAGAGUAUCAGCGAAAGCAGGCUGAAGAAAAGCGGGCCGCUGAGAUUGCUCGCCGUGCUUCCUCAUCAUCGCACCUUGCCCAGAAUGACAUGUAUGAUAGCGAUGAUACGGACGACGAGAUGGCCCCACCAGGUGUGAAUGGCUCCUUCCACACGCCAGGCGUUGAGCAAGCCAUGGAUAUCGGUGAUGCAGCACGGCGACAGUCCGUACCCGCUUCGGCCGUUUCUCGCCAUCUAUCCGCGCCAGGAGAUGAAGCGGCACGCCCGAGAAGCUUUUUCAAGCAGCAUAAAAUGCACGUGAUGUUCCCGUUUGCCGAAGAGAAAAUCAAGUGGGAUGACUAUGGCCAGAUUAUCAAGCGAGAAGACUACGUCAAGUUUCAAUCUGCCGUGCCCGAGGAAAAGCCGGAGGAGGAUGCAGCCGAGGAAGAAAUGGAUGAUGACGCAGUAAAAGAGGAACCAGGUAAGAGCAAAGAAGCUGAGGUGGACAUUCCGACUAAAGUCGUGACAACAAUGCGGCGCAUUGACGUGCGGUGCCGACGUCAGUUCAUUGAUUUCGAGGGACGUUCAGAUGGCGAGUCCAUCAAGCGCAUUCUGAACUUGGUCAAGCCUCGUCAACUUAUCCUGGUGCAUGGUAGUGCCGAGGCCAGCUCACAUCUCCAGGAGUACUGUCACACUGCCAAGGACAUGUCCAUCAAUCAGGUCUGGAGUCCAGCGGUCGGCGACACAGUGGACGCCACAUGCGAGAGCCAUAUUUUCCAGGCACGGCUGAAGGAUUCGCUGGUGACGUCGCUGAAGUUUACGUCGGCCAAAGAUAUGGAGCUGGCAUGGGUAGAUGCUAGAAUACAUGUAUCAGACAGUGAAAUUGCUGCUGCGAUUGGCUUGCAAGCUGUGCCGACAUUGGAUACCCUGCCUCCGUCACAGGUGCCACCCCACGAGGCCGUCUUCCUCAACGAGCCACGGCUCUCGGACUUCAAGCAGGUGCUCAGCAAGGCUGGCAUUCAGGCUGAGUUCUCUGGCGGUGUGCUGAUAAUCAACGACCGGGUGGCAGUUAGAAAGAACGAAUCUGGCCGUAUCGGUCUCGAAGGCAUUCUUUGUGAAGAAUACUACAAAGUCCGGCAGUUGUUGUAUGAGCAGUACGCCAUCGUAUGAUCGAACGCACCAACCAACCCGGACCCAUGCAUGCAUGCCAUCAAGAAAUCAGUCACAUCUUAUAAUUAUCACCAAGACUGGCAAGAGUACAUAACCCAUGUACUCUUGUUAUCACAUCAUGAAAUCUUCAGCUGUACACAUGUAAAAAGUACUAAAGUUUAAACCAUGAAAAUUGUAGCAUCCUUCAAAUUCACGAAAAUGUGAUUUUAUACACAUUUUAGAUCGUCUGCUUUCCUUCUGUCCAGUCAUUGUAUUUCCAGUCAUUGUAUGCCUUCAUAUGUAUUUUCCAUCUAUAUGAUGCAUUGUUGAACAUGUCUUGACGUAACAUGAAAUAUUUGAACUAACUGCC